AUACUCAGACUGCUGCUCUGCCACAGACAGACAAACACACACUGAGAGACGAUUGCAGCCAACAGGUCUAAAGGAUAACAGCUACAGGAAUACAGGAUAUUGUACUGAGAGAAAAUGGCUUCUAAUUUAGAGAAGGAUCUCUCCUGUCCUAUUUGCCAUGACAUCUUUGACGAUCCGAUUGUCCUGACAUGCUGCCACAGCUUCUGUAAAGGCUGUCUGCAAAACUGGUGGGGAGGGAAUCCACUACAGCAGUGUCCAGUGUGUAAGAGGAGGUCAUCAAGGAGUGAGCCACCUCGUAACCUGGCUUUAAAGAAUCUGUGUGAGACCUUUAUACUUGAGAGAGAUCAAGAAAGUUCUGAGAAUCUCUGCAGCCUUCACUUUGAGAAACUCCAACUCUUCUGUCUGGAUGAUCAGCGGCCAGUAUGUCUCGUCUGCAGAGAUUCAAAAACUCACGCUGCCCACAGAUUCAGACCCAUCGAUGAAGCUGCACAGGAUCUCAAAGAGGAGCUCCAGAAAUCUCUGAAGCCCUUACAGGAGAAACUGAAGCGCUUUGAACAAGCCCAGGUGAAGUUUGAUCAAACAGCAGGACACAUGAAGGUCCAGGCCCGACGCACAGAGACACAGAUUAAGGAGCAGUUUAAGAAGCUUCACCGGUUUCUUGAAGAGGAAGAGGAGGCCAGGAUGUCUACACUCAGGGAGGAAGAGGAGCAGAAGAGGAUGAUGAUGAAGAACAAGAUGGAGGCUGUGAGCAAAGAGAUAGCAGCUCUUUCACACACAGUCAGUGCCACAGAAGAGGAGCUGAGAGCUGAAGACGUCUCCUUCCUGCACAACUACAAGGCUGCAGUGGAGAGACUGCAGCGCCCCCUGCUGGAGGAUCCACAGCUGCCCUCAGGGGCUCUGAUAGAUGAGGCCAAACACCUGGGCAACCUCGCUUUUACCAUCUGGAGUAAGAUGAAGUACUUGGUCUCCUACCAUCCUGUGGUUCUGGACUCAAACACUGCUCAUCCAGAACUCAUCGUGUCUGAAGAUCUGACCAGUUUGAGACGUGAAGAGAGACAGGAACUUCCAGAAAACCCAGAAAGGAUUUAUUCCUUUCUCGCUGUCCUGGGCUCUGAGGGCUUUACCUCAGGUACUCACAGCUGGGAUGUUAAGGUUAGAGAUAGUCCGGUCUGGGCAGUGGGGGUAGCGGAGUCAGUUAAGAGUAACGUAGACAAACUGGAUGGAUUUUUCAGAGUUGUAAACUGCGAUGGUGAGUACGUAGCAGAGUCUGAUCGAGAGUAUUCCACAGUUCUCCGAGUGAAGAACAAGAUCAAGAGGAUCACAAUUUUUCUAGACUUGAACAGAGGAAACCUGUCAUUCUCUGAUUCUGAUACUGACACCCACAUACACACGUUCAAACAUACUUUCACUAAGCAACUGUUUCCGUACUUUAACACUGUAAAUGCUCAACCAUUGAAGAUACUACCAAUUCCUUUCUAUGUAGUGAUGUAACAGAGAAACUAGACAGCCAUUUUAGUAUGUUAUGUACAGUGAGGUCAUUGUGGGCAUGUCCUAGGUUUAUUCUGUCAUAUGAUUUGAUGCAUCAGGUGAUAUCUCAAAACAAUGUAGGGCUGGCAGUUUGGCCUAUGAAUCUGAUCAUUACGCCCUGGCAUCAAACUAUUGUGCUUUUUUGAAAUGUUUGCAGUUUAUUAUUUUCCUGGCGUGGGGCCUUAACACACCGGGGAUAUUUUCUUCAUGCAAUUGAUUUGCACUUCAAGAUAUUUUUUUCAUGAGCAAUUUGAAAGUAAAUAUUAUGCAGCAAAGAUUAUGCGAGGGAAUUGUGGCGUGAAAAGAGUCAAUUUCUCUAAAAACUUCCACCGAGGAUCAAUCAAGGCUAUAACCAAUCCUGUUGUGCAGCAAAGAGGCUCUGUUCUCCAUACACUCCAACACUUUUUUACUCCCCUUAACCCAGACCGUCUUACCUUUCACGAUAAAAGCUGUUAUCAUGUACUGUGAAGCUGUGAAUCAGAGGAAACUAAAAUUCAAGCAGAUCAUUUUGGUUACCAGUUGACUUUGUAAUAUAUCUUAUAGUCUUAUAACAAGAAGUUUCUGUGGGCCAAUAGUAUCCCAGUAGUCAACGAGAAUCUGUUUCAGCCUUUUACUGAUGUGUUCCUUCAAUGAAAGAUGAAUAGCUGUUACGCAACAUUUUCACGAGCAAGUUUUUGGCAUUUUCGUGUUUUUUAUUCGUCACAACCCGGUGUGUUGAGGUCUUUAAAGUUCUUCUGCUGGCUGGUAUAUACGUAGUAAGGGGUUCCCAUGUUGUGGUGGGGUUGUUGUUUUUUUCAUCUUCUGAGGUCAUGAAUGAACUUUCAAUCACAAAAAAACCUUUGUAAAGUGUAAAAACUGGACAUUUUAUAUAUUUUUUAAAUAUAAACUAGGCAAACACUAUCGGCAGAAUAAGAUUGUAGGACAUGAAUAAACGCUCCCAAAGAUCUUCUUACCGGGACUUUUGGUGCAAAUGUUGCACAUUGGAUUCCUGUAAUGUGCAUAAAAAGAAAAUGCAGCCAUUUUACAAAUCUUUGUAAACUAUUGAUUUACAUUAUUUUUACAUAUUUUCCUUACUGUGUCAUAUAUAUAUACCUAAAUGUCAUUGGUGUUCAUGAUUGCUCUCAUAAACUGCUGAUUUGGCUCUGAAUUGGACUGUACUGCUCUCCUGUGUGAACAAUUGAAUAAAGUAAAUCAUUGGUUUGUUUCAUAGUAUCAUAA